AUGUUUAAAGAAAUAAAUUCAAUAUUACUUUUUAUUUGUAUAACUUCCAUUUUUAAUUUUUAUAAGGGAGAAGUUGAGCAAUUAGCACCUGCUACUAAGAAUUUAUCGUUUCUUAAGCUCAAGAAUGGAAUAUAUGGAAGGAGCACAAGAUCUGGUGGAGGAAGAAGGGGGGGUGCAUCUGCUAGGUUUGGAAAUAGAGCCCCGCAGACUCAAGAAGGCCAGGGGCCUUUGCAAUUCCCUCCUCCGGAUUACCCAGAAGCUGAAACAGAUCCAUUACAGUACCCUCCCCCAGAUUACCCAGGAGCUGAAACAGAUUCAUUACAGUACCCUCCUCCAGAUUACCCAGGAGCUCAAAGUCUAUUAAAAUACCCUCCUCCAGAUUACCUAGAAACUCAAGGUCCAUUACAAUACCCUCCUACUGAUUAUGAAGAGACUGUAGAAAGUCGGUCGCCACGCCCUUCCCGUCCUCAUCACCGCCCAAGCAAUAGGGACAAUAGAUCUCCCAGUACUAGAAAUGUAGGUACUCCAUUAGGUUUUAAUCAGCAUUCAAAUCCAAAUACCGGCGGUAACCGUGGCCCAAGAACUUCCCAUCGAGCAGUGGCAGCACCACCACCACCACCACCACCCCCACCCCCACCACCACCACCACCUCCAUCAAGACAAGACCCACGAGCUGGCGUUGGCAAUCAAAGUCUUGCUUCUCAACUUGCACAAGGAGGCGCGAGGCUAAGGAAAACUGGAGUGAAAUUAACUUAA